AUUAUGGCUGUGCCUGGUAAAAAGGCAUCUCAGAAACUGUCAUCUUCACUAUCUCGAGGUGGUGCUGAAGAUUUUGACAUAUUCUGUAAAAUAUGUGACAGAGAUGACAUCAGACUACCUGCCUUUGGUUAUUGUGUGGAUUGUGAGGAACAUUUAUGUCAAUCUUGCUUUAACACUCACAGACGACCAAAACCACUACGCCAUCACCAACUUCUAGAUAAAGAUCACAUGCCACAUACACAAAACCUCAGUAAGUCAAUAACAUCUACUUCAGGUAAAAAAAGUGGUGAUUUAUCAAAGCCUUGUACCAAACAUAUCAAAGAAGUGAUCAAGUUUUACUGUCAUAACCAUAAUACACUUAUAUGUAGUGUUUGUGUGAUCCUUGAACACCCAACCACAUCCUGCAAUGUAGACUACAUACCUGAUAUAUCACGACAGUUUUUAAACAGCAUGGAGUUCAAAGAAACUCUUAAAGAUAUUGACAAAUUAACAGACAAAUGUUGCCAGAUUACAAAAGAUUCAAAACAAAGAGUUGACAUAUCAACAAUUUCUCUUAAAGAUGCUAUAGUAGAAAUAGAAAACUUUAGAGAAGAGAUAAACAAGAGAUUAGAUGAACUAGAAAAAGAAGUAAAGAAUAUUGCUACAACAAUUCAACAUACCAACAACAAAAAGUUCAAAACAACAGAAACAGUGUGUAAUGACAUCAUCAAAUCACUCCAAGCAUCAACUGAUACUCUAAAACAUCUCAACACCAACAAGAAAACUGACCAACUAUUUACUGAAUUGAAAAUAGCUCAGCAACUGAUAUUACACAAUGAAAAUAUAACAACACAACUACCAACAACCAAUGAUGUUGAUGAAUACACUUUUGAAUCCAAUCCAGCAAUCAAAAAACUCCUUCAGAAUGAGAAAUCAUUGGGAACAUUGAUAAAAAAGGAACUAAAGAAACCACCCCAACCAAAGGAUAAGGCUGCAUUACAAAUGAAAAUGUCUACCCCUAGAAACAUCAAUGCUAAAACAUCCUCAGAUAAAGAUGAUUGCUGGAUUACUGGUAUAACUGUCUCUCCUCAGAACCAAUUAUUUGUAGCAGAUUACAAUAAUAAAUCAAUUAAAAUGAUAGACAUAAAAAGUGGAGCAAUCAAACAACUACAGCUUGAAUCAAACCCCUGGGAUAUCACCAUGGUGACCAGAGAUACACUUGCUGUUACAUUACAAGUCAUUAAUACAAUACAGUUCAUUUCCUUCUCCUCAAACUCUCUCUCAUUGAAAAACAAACUGAAAGUAGAUGGAGAGUGCCGUGGAAUAAGCCAUCAUCAGGGGAAACUUGCAGUCACCUUUUUAUCUCCUGAUAAACUCCAAAUCAUUGACUUGAAAGGUAAUAUUAAAAUUACAGUUGAGAAAGAUUCCAAUGGUGACAGUAUUUUCAGUUACCCUUGUUAUGUCACCACAAACAGCCAUUCAAUCUAUGUAUCUGAUACAGGCAAAAAUGCAGUUAUAUGGUUUAAUUGGCAGGGAGAGAUGAUAGGAAGGAAUGUAGUCAUUGGAAGUCCAAGGGGCAUUUCACUGUUAGAUGACGGGUCCUUGUUUGUGAGUGAUGGCGGGAAUAAAUGUAUAUAUAGAGUUAGUGGUAACUGUAAAGACAGGACAACUGUACUGGAGAAUGUAGAGGGUCUUCAAGCUGUAUGUUGGUGUGAUGAGACCAGAACGCUAUGUGUAAGUACAUAUACAGGUACAAAGAAGGACAAUGAUAUAAAACUGUAUAAAAUGGUGUAAAACCAAGAAAUGACAACUGAUGCAUUAAAGGAUAGACAAGACACUACUAUUAAGGAAGUACAUCAAUCAACCAGCAUUCAUGAUCACAAAAUUUAAGAUUUCAGAGAAAUAAUUAGCAACAUUAUAAUAAUAAUGGUAUACAAUAUUGUUUCAUUUUUGUUGAUCUAUGUAUAUAUGCAAACUAGUAAAACAUAUGUUUAUAUGCAUGCAAUCAUUUUUUUUUACAAAAUUAAACCAGGGUUGGAGAGGGGGACUUUUCCAUUGAUGAUUAAUGAUACUGUUUUCUUUUGUUUUGUCUUGUCAGAUUAUAAAUUUCUCUUUCAUUUUUCAAAAGAAAAUAAAAUAUUUAAAAUAAUUAAGAGAUAUUUGCAGUUUAAAAUAUACUUUUUAAAGGUUUUAAAGUAAAAUGAGUGAAAUUUAGGUAGUAUUAUAACUUAAAAUGAAUUUAUUUCUGACACAAGAUGUUAAAUCAAAAUGAGUUUUUUUUGGCACAUAUGUUCAGAAUUAUUAUUGAAGAUAAAGCAAUGAUAUAUAACAAAUUUGACCGGAUUUCUGAACCCAUCCUCUUUUCUAUUUCAUGCUGGUUUUAAUUAACUUAUAUUUUCUUUUUCAAAUAUGCUUUUCUUUGAUUUUGUUCAUUAUAUAAAUGUCCUUUUUUCAACUUCUACAUUUAAAUAGAGAUGGCAUAACUUAUAAAUAUAUCUAUUCUGUAGUUGAUGAAAACAUGUUUAUAUUUGAUCAAUAUAAAUAUAUUUGAAAGACAGAUCCUGUAUGUUGUAAUUGAGGUUGUAUACCCCACUAAAGAAUGCAGGACAAAACCCCACACAUCAACACCACAUACCUCAAAAUUUUUUUAGAGUGGACACAACCCCACACUUAAUUUUAUAGAGUGGACAAAAACCCACACCUUCAAUUUUACAAAGUGGACAAAACCCUACACCUUCAAUUUUACAAAGUGGACAUAACCCCUAGAUCAAUGAAAAAUAUUUAUAUGAAAAUAACAGUUUUAAGUGUUAAAUAUUUUGUUAUUUCAUACAACACUAAAUGAUAUUUUGUGUUUGAAACCAUAAAAGAUGUUGAUUAUGAAAUAAAAAAGUUUUAGUGUUAAAUGUUUUAUAUUUUUAAGAAAUAAACAACAAAUGAUUUUUUAAUUUGAUCAAUAAAAGAUAUUUAUUAUGAAAUAAAAAU